AAACCUGACUUAAUUCUUUGACGCUGAACCUUUUUUAAAUUUUUUCCCAGGUGUCUUCAAAACACUCUUGUCAAACAAAGCACGCUUCAGCCACGGCCCUCCUCUUCCCUCCUUCACUCAUUUCUCGAUUUUGUUUCCCUCAGCUUCACUUUCUCUUAAGAAUUUCCUCUCUUUUUUUCACCUCUAAUAUUUUUAAUUUCUAGGGUUACGUUGAGUAAUGGAUUGGGGAAACGUUACCGCCGAGGAUCUGAUCGACGCUCUUCGUGAAGUUGACUGGUCAUCACCGCCUCGACCUCUCUCCGAAUUCUUCUCCCGCUUCACCAUCCCUCGGUCAUUCGUCAAAUGGAACAGCCGCAUUAAAUGCAAUCUCUACUACUAUCGCACUAAUUAUUUCAUUCUGAUUGUUGUCAUUCUCGGUUUGGGAUUCUUGAGGAGACCGCUUGCUAUUUUAGCUGCUAUUUUGACGGCUCUUAGCAUUGCUUUUCUGAAUGAUAGCUUUGCUAGUUCUUUUAGUGAGAAGGUGACAAGAACUGUGAGGCAGUUCUCUCCACAUUUAGCAGCUAAGAUGAGGCCUCCCUUUACACCUGUUAUUCGUGGGCGUCCUUCAGCAAAAAGAGCGAUUUACAUAUGUGGUCGACCUCGUUGGGUGUUUGUCUUCAUAUUUUCUUCUGUGAGCUUCAUCCUUUGGUAUGUAUCAUGUGGUCUCUUGACUGUAUUAUGGGCACUGGCUAUUGCACUUCUUGCUACUGUCCUCCAUGCAAGUUUUAGAACACCUAACCUGAAGGCUCGUCUUAACACUUUCCGAGAGGAAUUUCGUGCUGUUUGGCGUAAUUACAGUGAGCUGUAGCUUGCAUAGUCUAUAGUGUGCAGGGAUGGUUCUGAUGAUCUGAAACUCUUACACCCUAUUACUGUAAGGUUGCAUCUAGCUGCUGUUGAUCAGUUGCUGUUUCUACAAAAUAAUCUGAGGGGCUGCAUUGAAGUGAAGGCUGCUAAUCUUUACCAGUAACGGACAAGGUCUAAACUCUCAGAACCUCUUUGUUUCUCUAAAGUAGAUCAUUUCUGUUUUUAGUCCAUAUUGGAGACGGUGGAGGACAUCUUUAUUGACACCUUCUCAUAAGGAAGGAAAAGCCCCCAAAAAAAAAGAAGUCUAGAAUUUAUACAAGGAGUUAGGUCAAAUACGUUCUCAUGGUUCGUGGGAUAAAGCUGGCUGUUAGUGUUUCUUUUAGCUGUACUUGAUAGUGUGAUUUCAAAGGUAAGGUAGUGUCUUAAACAUCGUGCCUUCAGAAAGAAUGUUUGUUGUGAAUGAUGUUAAACAUGCUUGUUAAUUUCCAGCUAAUUGAAGUAGUUUCUUGGUUAGAGUGAGGGA